UGGUUUUGUCCUCAGAGAAAAUGUAUCAUUGAGGAAAUCCAGAAGAGACCAGUAAUAGAUCUUUACCAGCUGGCACCACAAUUCUCUGCAAACUUACCUGUAAGGAUGAUUGAGAGCCUGUCCAAUGCUACGCUGGCAUCCAUCCUAGAGCACAUCACCAAACACUUCCCUGAUUUCUUGACGCUGCCACCGCACAAGCAGAGCAUCCUGGCAGAGAAGGCCCGGCUCAUUCUGGGUGUCCCCGCAGAGGGAGGGAUCUCCGGGGUCUCUAUGGACCUGCUGGGGCCCCUCCUCCCUUUCCUGGACUUGGGUGUUCUGGGGGCGGUGCACCGUGAGGCCCUGCUGCUGCGCCUGGAUGAGGUGAAGGGGUACUGCCUGCCGCGGGACGCCCUGCAAGAGAUUGGGCAGCUCCUGACGGAGAGGGGCAUGCUGGGAGAGACGUCAGGUUGGACACUGGCACAGAUGGAGCAUGCUGGGAGACUGCUGUUCACACUGUCUCCUCAGGACGUACACAGACUGCCCACGGUUGUGGUGAGCCCUGACUCUGUGGAGCAGGUUUUGGAUGCUGAGCGGCGCUGGAAGGGCAGUGAGGUGGGCCGGGCCUGCAUGACGAUGGACAGAGAGAGAGAAAAGAAGGAGAGUCUGGUCGCCAGGAUCGUCCACGGGGGAGGGAAGAACAAGAAAGAUCUCAGUCCAAGCUGUUCGGAUAUCAAGGGGACGUUCCCAGCAGCCUGGAGCGCGGCUCAGCUGUCGGGAAUGUUGGAGCCGGAGCUGAGGGAGUGUGUGGAGACACUAGGGCAGGACCGGGAGCUGAGCUUGGAGCAGCGAAGGGCAGUGUGGGCCAGGUUCAAACAGAUUUACGGCCCAGUCAAAUCCAUGAGGGCCGAACAGAUCCUCCAACUCGGCUGCAUAGUUACCCAGCUGAGUGAGAGGGAGCUGCAGGAGCUGGACCUGUCAAACCUGGGGAUCCUGGCUUACCUGGGAGGGAUGGAGGAAUGGAGCCCUAAACAGAUGAGAGUGGCAGUGCUGCGCUUCCUGCGGCGCAGUGGCCAGACGGUCGAACGACUGGGUGUGACCGAGCUGGCCUCUCUCGGGUUCCUGCUCUGCGGAAUGACCCCGUCUGAAAUGAGCAGACUCGACCCCAGGACUCUCAGUGCGGCGGCCCUGUUCCUAGGAGAGCUGCCCCUGCGUUGCUCGGAGCUGCAGUCCGAGACUCUGGCUACAAGGCUCAUGACCACACAAGCCUUCGGACCGGUCAGCGAGUGGGGCCCAGAGGUCUUCACUGAAAUUGGGACCCUUGCAGCUGGUUUACCGGACAUGGUGCUAUCCUCCCUGGUCAGAGAGCAGCUGGAGGGACUGACCCCAGCAGCCAUUGCACUCGUCAGCCCUAGCAAACUGGCAGUGGUGUUGAGCACGGCUCAACUGUCCUGGAUGACCCCCGAGCAGGCAGGAGCAGUGACCCCUGCGCAGUGGGCGGAGCUCAGCAGUGAUCAGAGCCAGGCUGUUGCCAUGGCGCAGUACGAGGGAGAGCUAAUACAGGAUCCCCGGGGGAGGAACUUGGCCCUCACCCAACCCUCACCUGACAGCACUGCAGUGUGGCUCCUGGCUCUGGGAUCUAUUCUGUGUGCUCUGGUGUGAACUGGUUUGCAAGCACUUGGUUACUCGAUUCCACUUUCAUCAUCUUAGCUUUUUUGUGGGUAAGGUGGAGGUGUGUGUGUGGGGAGGGGGGCAGUAACACUGUUUAUAAUAAAAGAACUAAACCCCCAACACUGUCAUGUUGUUAUGCUUUGGGUUACCUCUAAGGGGAAGGGGAACAACCCUUAAAUGCCCUGAAGAAAACACAAAACAAUUAUUCGAAAUCGGAGCUUACCAAAUGAAUAUGAAAAUGGUAAAUCUGAAAAGCAACAUUGCCAAAAAGGUAACCUUCCAUAUGUUGUAUUAAUUAUAUGCAAGGGAAGCAUCUCACUUAUUUCUGUUUUUUUGGGGAAACUGAACUGGGGGAGUCUAGUUGCACAAUGGGAACAGCAACAGAAGCAGCCAUUCGUUCUUCAGAAUCAAAUUGCCUCAAUUCAGACCUGAAAGAGCCAUCUUUUGCCAGCAAGACCAUGUGACCCAAUGCUCACAGAGCUUUUCCAUGUUACCAUGGUGAUUCCUCAGCCUUGAUGUUUGCAAUGCCAAGGAAAACAAUAGCCUUUCCCUUUUGAGGAUUUCAUUUUUUGGGGCAGGGAGGCUGACUGCUUGAGCAAAACGAAGGAAAAACAGGAACAAAAUCCCUUUGUUUCAGAGUAAAUGAACCCAAAACUGGAAAUAAAAAGAAACUUACUAAAUGAAUCCUAUCCUUAGUUACUUA